AUAGAUUUCCGUUGGCUGCAAUAGAUCGGAGAUAGAGAUGUUCCAUUAGUGUGAAUGGGAGAGCAGAAGUGCAAGCAGGGCACUCUCAGCUGAAGAUGGCAAUUAUAUUUUUAUCGCCGGUCUUCCCUUCUCCAUCACUUCUACCUCACAGCUCCAGCAGGACUGUGUUUUCUCGCCAAUGCCAUGGCUGUGUUGCGGCUUUAUCUGCCCCCGUUAAGCGAGAGGAAUUGAGCGGUGGGAACUGGAAGUUGGGAAAGCUCCUGAAAUAUGUGGAGAGAGGGGAUAAGGAGGAGGAUUUGUUUGACAACGAGGAAGAAAUGGCAGCUGCAUACAGGGCAGUGCCGGAGGCUGUGUGGCGUUCCUUGUUGAAGGGGCUGUGCAAAUGGGGGGAUUAUGACUCUGCUACCCGAGUGGUCAAAUGGUUAGGAAAGCACAGGUUGAUUAAGUCUAGGAAGGGGGAGGAGCUGAUGUACUCCGUAAUAAUCCAUAGUCUCAGCAAAGAAGGCCGACUGGAGGAAGCGUUGAAUGUGGCGGAAAGCAGUGAGGCGCUGGGAUAUGUGACAUACAAUGCCCUCAUUGAGGCCUGCGCUCGUAACGAUCACUGUGAAAAGGCCCUCUCUAUGCUUGCUAGAAUGAGAAAGCAGGGCCUGCACUCUGAUGCCAUGAAUUAUAGUGUCCUAAUUCAGGCCUUAAUCAGAGCAAAGGCAGAUUCUUGUGUUAUUAAUAAGUUGUACCAGGAUAUAAAGAGUGACGGGGUUGAAUUGGAUGCUAAGUUGUUCAGUGAUUUAAUCUAUGCUUUUACCAAGGCCGGGGAUGCUCACCAGGCUAUGUUUUUCCUAGCGAAAAUGCAAGGGCAGGGGUUAAGGCCAAGCAGUAGUAUUUUUACUCAUGUUAUAUCUGCUUUGGGGCAAAGUGGAAAAAUAGCAGAAGCAGACGCCGUUUUUGAGGAAAUGAAGAGGGCUGGGUUGCAGCCGAAAGUGAAAGCCUAUAAUGCUUUGCUAAAAGGAUAUUUAAAAGUGGGCGCUUUGGAUGAAGCAGAGGCGAUUUUAGUAGAAAUGGAAAAGAAUGGAGUAAAGGCGGAUGAGAUAACUUACAGUCUUCUGAUGGGGGCAUACGCCAGCGCCGGGCGCCUUGAGAGUGCCCGAGCGGUGAUGGAGGAAAUGGAGACUCUUCAGAUUAAACCCAAUGCUUUCAUUUAUGCGAAACUCUUGACCAUUUUCCGCGAUUGUGGCGAAUGCCAGAAAGCUUUCCCGCUGCUCAAGGAUAUGAAGAAUGCUGGGAUUUCUCCUGAUAGGCAUGUCUAUAAUGUGAUCAUUGACACCUUUGGCAAGCACAACCACCUGGAACAUGCAGUGAACGCAUUCGAGAGAAUGAUGGCAGAGGGCAUUGAGCCAAAUGACGUCACAUGGAACACCCUCAUAGACUGUCACUGCAGGGCUGGCCAACAUGAGCGUGCAAUGGACAUAUUUCAGCUGAUGCAGGAACAUGGGUGUUCUCCCGGUCCAGAAACUUACAAUAUCACGCUUAAAUCUUUGGGGCAACAGGAACAAUGGGACCAGAUCAAAAUCACUCUCGCUAAAAUGCAAAGUGAGGGUUUGCUGCCUAAUAUUAUUACUUACACAACACUAGUGGAUAUAUAUGGCCAAGCUGGAAAGUUUCAGGAUGCUGUAGAGAUCUUGGAAGCUAUGAAAAUAGCAGGCCUGAAGCCUUCAGCGAGUGUAUAUUGUGCUUUAGCCAAUGCCUAUGCUCAACAGGGCAUGUGCGAACAAGCUGUGAAUUGCUUUACAGUUAUGGAAGCAGAGGGGGUAGAGCCUAAUCUUUUAAUGCUUAACUUAUUGAUAAACGCAUUUGCAGUGGCUGGAAGACAUUUGGAGGCGUUUUGGGUGUUUGAGUAUAUGAAGAAAAGAGGCAUCAAACCGGAUGUUGUCACAUACACAACUUUAAUGAAAGCACUUAUCAGGGCAAAGAAAUCUGAUCAGGCUCCAAGUGUUUAUAAGGAAAUGGUUAUGGCUGGGUGCAUACCAGAUAGAAAAUCCAAAGACAUGCUGCGGUCAGCUCUGCGGUACUUAAAGCAAAAUUUGAGUUCUAAUUAGGAUGAAGCAGCACAUAGAGUAUCAGCUUGGAUGGUUGGUUUGUUUCUGAUCCUUCCCACAUAGAAUACUUGGCUCUUAGUUGUUGGCCAGCUACCAUUUAAAGGGAUUUACUUAAGAUUUAUCUGAAUGACUUGUCACACAGAAGUUAUGUACUACCAAAUGCAAUUCUUUAUGCACAAAUAACCUUCUACAUGGAAAUCAAGUUUCAUUAAGUUGAAAGGAAUUGCAUUUCACUCCAUUUCCUAGCCCCUCUGUAUGUUCCUUAUUCUAUAUAAACUGAAAUCCACAGAGUAUUAAGUGUUCCUAGAGACUAUGGCAAUAUUUGUCGCUUAAUGGGACAAAUGCAUAUUAACUUAAAGAUUCCAAUUAAAUUCUCAUGCAAGGUAUAUUUUCCUUGGGCUAACUUUUCAAUUCUGGGACAUUGACACCUGGAAUGCCAUGGAUGCUCCUAUUUCAAUGGGGAUUUAGGCAUUGGCAAGGAACAUAUCAGUAUGCUCAUUAUUUGGGAGACAUUUACAGAAGUUUGAGCUCCUGUUACUUAUUUUUGUACUCGGCACGCUAUCUCUUGAUCUAUACUAAAUCUGGCCUUUCAUUAAGCAAAAGUUAAGAGAGUUUUUAGGUCACUACCAGCAGAAUCCCGUGGACAGAUUUUUUUCCAUGUACCUCUUAUAUAUUGUUCAUUCUGAUAACCGGACAUACAUGUAACUCCUGCCCACUCCCAGCCAUUUUCCCCUUCCUCAGAUCUCUGCCUAAGAAAUAAGAUGACGUGUCAGGUGAUUUAGUUGACUACACCCAAUAGAAGUGCACAAGAUAGGUGGCAGAAAUGGAAAGACAGGGUGAAGACAUGAACAAAAGGCCUGAACUGAUUCGGGCUCAGAAAGCAGAAAGAACUCUAAAGGGCGGGGUGCUCUAAGAAAAUGCAAAGAUCCCAAAUUCUGCCCUCCCUUAGCCUAUCAAUCACCAGUAUGGAAAGUGCAAGAGGCCAAAAGACCUGCUCAUGGGAUACAUAAAGCAUUUGCAUGGUCUGAUAUUUCAGUUAAACAGUAAAUAUGUACAGAUUAUAGACACAGUUAUAAGAUAAGAGAAACAAGGUGCUCAUCUAAUCACUCAUGACCUUCUAGCUUUUGAUAUUAUUAGAUGGAUGCAUUCGUUCCAAGGAAGCUUGAGCCUACACAGAGCAGUGCAUUUGUUGGAUGGGCUGUCAUGCUUAAUCCCAUUUGCAUCUUGUUCCUGCAGAUUCCUGUGGUAGCAUACCUAGCCAGAGUGAAGUCAAUAUAAUUGGCAUAGUCACUAAUUGUAGUGACCAAAGAAGAAGCCUCUUCUGCGAGUAAUUUGCAAGGAGUUUAUAGUAAUAGCUUUAUCCAUAAAGAUAGUAUAUGAAUUGGAAAUACAGCUUUAAUGCAAACACACAUACAGUUAAGUGGUACACUUGUCUUAUGGUUUUACCUAAGAAGAAAUGAUAAUACACAACAGUUUAAUUUUUGUCCC